GAGGACACCGCCGCUAUGAUGCUGCCUCGUUCAGCUGAGCAACGACGACGCGUCCAUACGCGCUUCAGAAUGGACAUCAGCUCCACGAUGAAGACUGUCGGAGCACUGUUGCUGCUUUCAACGCUGGUUUCUGCACAGAAGGCUGCAAAAUUCGGCGAGUGCACAUUCCCCGACGUGGACCUGGAGGGGGCAGUGGACGCGUUUCUGCAGCGCUUGCCGGCGUCCUACGAAAUCCCGAAAUCGGAAGGUGGCCAGCUGCUGCCGGGGCUGUACAUUGGCAACAUGACCCUGCUGGGACUGUCCACACUGGCGAUGCGUGGCGCCCCGCAGACAUUUUGCCGAAAGGGCAAGCCGAUGCUCCAAGUCCCCGUGAGCACGCAGGGAGCGCUGCGUUUUGUCGCUCCGUGGAGGUACUGCGGUGGACACUCGGGCAAGCUGUCGACAACGUCUAGCUACGUUGCACUCAACGUUCUAUUCGAGGUGGCGGACAGCGGGCUGGUUCCGGUGGACACUUGGCUCACCUGGCUGGAGGGAACAUAUGUGUUGCUGGACGGUGCCUCAGAUGCUGGCAGCAUAGCCGCCGCAGUGCUGUCGAAGCUGCUGCCGCCAUCGUCAGGGACUUCUGGGUUGAAGAGACUGCCUGGCGCACGAGUUCCGUAUUCAAAGCAAUCACCGCAAGUGGCAAGAACUGAAGGGCUGUUGACUUAGGACUACUUCCAGAUGCGACUCCUUCUUCUAAAGUUUCUCUUUUGAAAUUUUCUGACACACCUGGCCCUUAUGCUUCAAGAGAAUGUAAAUGUUCUUAUUUAAUCAAACAUCUACACGCAUUCUAUGUUCCACGCUGUGUGGACGAUUAAUUUAGGGGA